GCUACCUGGGAAUCCACCAGGAAGGUUCUAUUGUAACUUGCCCAGGUCAUGGUGGUUCUAUUUAAGAGUGUGACUUUCAGGGGACUGUGGGUAAGUCCAGGCUUUAGCAGUGAGGGCGGCAACCAGGGAGCAGGAAGCUUCUGAGAACCAGAUGUGGGGAUGUGGGAGGGGAGAUGUUGGCCCUUCCCUCCUUCCCACUUUCUUCCGUCUAUGUUGAGGGUCCUGAGAGCCUGGUGGGGGAUGAGCUCAUUCCUCCUGUGUUCAGCAGCUAGGGAGCUCUGGAGCCUGAGCUCUUGUCUGGGGCCUCAGCUCCGUUUCUCUCUUUUGCAGGAAAGUACUACAUGGCCACCAUGACCAUGGUCACCUUCUCCACGGCGCUCACCAUCCUGAUCAUGAACCUGCAUUACUGUGGCCCCAGUGCCCGCCCUGUGCCAGCCUGGGCUCGGGCCCUCCUGCUCGGACGCCUGGCACGGGGCCUGUGUGUGCGGGAACGAGGGGAGCCCUGUGGGCAGUCUAGACCACCUGAGUCAUCCCCCAGUCCCCAGCCUCCUGACAGAGGCACUGGCCCCCCAGCAGGUCCCUGCCAUGAGCCCCGGUGUCUGUGCCGUCAGGAAGCCCUACUGCGUCACGUGGCCACCAUCGCCAGCGCCUUCCACAGCCACCGGGCUGCCCAGCGCCGCCAUGAGGACUGGAAGCGCCUGGCCCGGGUCAUGGACCGUUUCUUCCUGGGCAUCUUCUUCUCCAUGGCUCUGGUCAUGAGCCUUCUGGUGCUGGUGCGGGCCCUGUGAGUCCCGGGGGUCUGCUGCAGCCACAGCAGCUCCAGAUGGGGAUGGAUCAGCCAGGCCAGGUGGUGGUCGACCCUCAGGCCACCCAGCGUCUCUCCACUGGGCCUAGGAGCCUGGGACAUCCUCUCUUCAGCACUACUCACUUCACGGGCCAGGAAUAUUCAUCAUCUCCAUACUCUAACCUCCAAGGGAAAUCAGAGCCUGGUGCUCCCCUGAUUCCUGCAGAGGAGGAACUCUGAGAAGGGUCAAGAUCAAAGUGCAGUUUGGGAGGGACAGAACUGGACUUCGGUGCUGAGUUUAGGCACUUUGAGUGGGGAGCGUGCAGGCAUGACACCACUGCCCCAUUUCCUGUCUUCUCUCCCUUCCUCUGUGGCUGCUGUUACAGAGACUUGGUCUAGCCUGACCCUGUCUAGGGGCUCAGAGAAGGUGACUGGAGAUUCAGGGUUCCUGGUCCACUCUCCACAGCAGGAGGCCACAUAAGCACUUCGACCCAAAGCUCCAACUCAUAAUAAAGUAAUGUGUGCCUCGC